UAAUAUGGCCACAGGCCACAGCAUAGAAAAAUAAAAAGAAUACUUUUAAUAGUAGUUAUUCUGUGAUAUGGCUCCUACUUCUGGAAAAAAUAAAAGUUGGAGUGAAGUAAAUAAAUUAAAAAAGGAAGAAAGAAAAAAAUGGAAAGAACAAAAUUUAGUUAAAAAAAUUGAAAAGAAUAAACUGAAAGAGGCUCUAGAAGAAAGUACAAAACAAACUGAAAAUGUGGUAAAUACAGAUCCAAUAUCAACAAUAUCUAUAGCUGUUCCAGGGUCUAUUUUAGAAAACGCACAAUCUCCGGAAUUGCGAACUUAUUUAGCAGGUCAAAUAGCAAGAGCAGCAUGCAUUUUUCAAGUAGAUGAAAUUGUAAUUUUUGAUGAUUACGGAGAUGAGGCUUCAGCAAAAAAAUCUACUUUAGAGAAUGAUACAGGUAUUAUAUCAGCAAGGCAUUCUUGUAUACAACUUGGAAGAAUUUUACAAUAUUUGGAAUGUCCCCAAUAUUUAAGAAAACAUUUUUUUCCUAUUCAUAAUGAUUUAAAAUAUUGUGGAUUAUUGAAUCCAUUAAAUGCACCGCAUCAUUUGGGCCCCAAAGAGGACUUUUUAUUUAGGGAGGGUGUAGUUUUGAAUAAACCAACAAAAAAUGGUGAAGGUUCUUAUAUAAAUGUAGGACUUCUUAAGGAAGUGCAUGCAGAUAAAAGCUUAACGCCUGGAUUAAGAUGUACUGUUAAACUUUCAGCUUUUAAUUCACAAAAUAAGAAACUUAAAGGAGUAAUUGUAUCUCCCAAUACUCCAAGGAAAGAAAUUGGUGUGUAUUGGGGAUACACUGUAAGGAUUGCAACCUCUGUAUCAAAAGUAUUUUCACAAUGUCCUUAUAAAGAAGGCUAUGACACCUCAAUUGGAACAUCAGACAAGGGCACGUCAAUAGAUGAAUUUUCCUGUCCAGCUUACAAACAUAUCCUAGUUAUGUUUGGAGGAGUACAAGGCAUUGAAGCAGCAUUAGAAAAUGAUGAAGUACUCAAUAUUGAUGACCCUAAACUACUUUUUGAUUACUAUCUGAAUACCCUUCCUGAUCAAGGCUCCAAGACUAUUAGGACAGAGGAAGCAAUUUUGAUAAGUUUAGCUGCUUUAAGACCUAAGCUUAAUCCUGAAAAGGGGCCUUUAAAAAUAAGUUCUGAAGAUAUGAUUGUUAGUGAUUUAAAAUAUAAGGAAAAUAAAGAGGAAACUGUGGAAGAUCCACUGAGCAAAUUUGAUUAAAAGUUUUACCUAACUGUUGUUUUUGCCUAUUUAUUUUUUAUGUAAUGCAUAAUAGGUAUUUCCUUUAAAAUAAAACAAAGAAACAAAAUAUAUAUAUAUUCUUUA